CACGAGCUGCAGCACCACUUCCGGAAAGUUCAGGAGCCCUGGAAAGGAGAAGGAAUAAGAAGACAGGAGGAAGAGAGAGAGAGAGGGUAGAAUGGAAGAAUCUCACUUCAGUUCUAACCUGUACUUCUGGCCUUCCAUCCCCACGGUCUCAGGACAGAUUGAGAACACAAUGCUCAUCAACAAGAUGAAGGAUCAGCUGUUGCCGGAGAAGGGCUGUGGGCUGGCUCCACCUCACUAUCCCACCUUGCUGACGGUGCCUGCCUCGGUGUCCUUGCCCUCGGGCAUCAGCAUGGAGACAGAGUCCAAGUCAGACCAGCUGACUCCACACAGUCAGCCGUCCGUGACCCAGAACAUCACGGUGGUCCCUGUGCGGUCUACAGGACUCGUGACUGCUGGUCCGGGUUUGGUAAUCACGUCCCCCUCAGGCUCUCUUGUGACCACAGCCUCAUCAGCUCAGACCUUCCCCAUUUCGGCUCCCAUGAUUGUCUCAGCUCUUCCCCCUGGCUCACAAGCCCUGCAGGUGGUCCCUGAUCUCUCCAAGAAGGUAGCAUCAACCCUAACAGAGGAAGGAGGUGGAGGCAGAGGUGGAGGUGGCAGUGUGGCUCCCAAGUCCCCCCGGGGUCGAAAGAAGAAGCGGAUGCUGGAGUCGGGGUUGCCUGAGAUGAAUGACCCUUAUGUCCUCUCCUCUGAGGAUGACGAUGACCAUCAGAAAGAUGGCAAGACCUACAGGAGCGAAGGGAACUGCGGCACAGGAAAUGGACAGAGCCUUGGGCUCAUGGACUCAGUUCCUGGCUCCACCACGAACUUGCUGUGUGACCCUGGGUGCCGGAUGUGCUCCCUGACAUUCUACUCAAAGUCGGAGAUGCAGAUCCACUCCAAGUCACACACCGAGACCAAGCCCCACAAGUGCCCACAUUGUUCCAAGACCUUCACCAACAGCUCCUACCUGGCCCAGCAUAUCCGUAUCCACUCGGGGGCUAAACCCUACAGUUGUAACUUCUGUGAGAAAUCCUUCUGCCAGCUCUCUCACCUUCAGCAGCACACCCGGAUCCACUCCAAGAUGCACACGGAGACCAUCAAGCCCUACAAGUGCCCGCACUGCUCCAAGACCUUCGCCAACACCUCCUACCUGGCCCAGCACCUCCGUAUCCACUCGGGGGCCAAGCCCUACAACUGUUCCUACUGCCAGAAGGCCUUCCGCCAGCUCUUCCACCUCCAGCAGCAUGCACGAAUCCACACCAGUGAUAGGCCACACAAAUGUGCGCACCCAGGCUGUGAGAAAGCCUUCACAUAGCUCUCCAACCUACAGUCCCACAGACGGCAACACAACAAAGAUAAACCUUUCAAGUGCCACAACUGUCAUCAGGCGUACACAGAUGCAGCUUCACUAGAGGUCAACCUAUCUACGCAUACGGUGAAGCACACCAAGGUGUACACCUGCACUAUCUGUAGCUGGGCAUAUACAUCAGAAACAUAUCUUAUGAAACACAUGCGCAAACACAACCCUCCUGAUCUCCAGCAGCAAGUGCAGGCAGCGGCGGCGGCGGCAGCAGUAGCCCAGGCUCAAGCCCAGGCCCAGGCCCAGGCCCAGGCCUACCAGGCGUCACAGCAGCAGCAGCAACAGCAGCAGCAGCAGCAACAGCAGCAGCCACAACCACCACACUUCCAGUCUCCUGGGGCAGCCCCCCAGGGUGGCAGUGGUGGGGACAGCAACCCUAACCCUCCACCCCAGUGUUCCUUUGACCUGACCCCCUGUAAGACGGCGGAGCAUCAUAAGGACAUCUGCCUCACUGUCACCACCAGCACCAUCCAGGUGGAGCACCUGGCCAGCUCCUAGAGAUCCAUGCUACCGCCCACUGGGAAGAGGAGGAAGAAGUUCUGGUCCCUUCUUUCUCCAACUCCUCUUAAAAGUCCUCUUCUUCUUGACAAGCCUUGGCUACGUCUCCUUGGGCCUCAGGUACGGCUUUUUCAUCAUAAGACAUCAUCCUUACUCUCCACUCCUCUUCAAAAGGAACAUCAGCCUUCCUGAUUGGCAAAGGAAUACUGAGCUGAUGGUGAAUCCAGCAGCUUCCCCUCCCAAGU